GAAAACUACAGGAACCAAACCUCAAUCGCUCGAGCCUCCCUCCAUCAUUUGCUCUUUGUCGCUCUUUGUCGCUCUUUGGGUCUCUUCGUUGGUAGCCGCACCGAUCCUCCGUCUCAGAUAUAAAGAUGGCUUUACGAGGUGUAUGGCAGCUUCAGAAGCUGAUUGUCAGCUAUUGUGAUUGGAGUGGAAGCAGUAGGGGUAUCAGGGCAUUUAUGGACUCGCAAUUGCCAGAUUUUAAGAAGAAAAACCCUCAGCUAAAAGUAGUUCGUGAACUCAUUCGUGGGCAGCAUCCACACUUGAAGGCCUUCUACAAGAACAAUAAUCAACGGGUGGUAUGUGUAAGGAAUUUGGAUGUCGAAGAAAUACAUUUACAUGCAACGAGGCUAAGGAAUGCACUGGGGAGAAAGGUCAUAAAACUGAAGACAAGACAUGUGACCAAAAAUCCUAGUGUGCAAGGUACGUGGAAAACUGAUGUAAGAUUUUGAGGAUGCUUCCUAAAGUGCCUGAUUUUCUUUGGAGAUUGUCUUUUUCCAUCAAGAUUAUGAGAUUCCUUAAUGACGUUGUUGAAACAAAACUUCUUUCUAGAGUAGCUUGAGUUUGUAGUUUGUAGUAGUCCAACGUAAACUUUUGAGGCUAUUUUGUUCCAAUUCUCUGAAUACUCUCUCUGGAGAAAGUCUUUCCAUGAAACAUGCAACAAUUGCGAACUUAUCUUGAAUUGAUGAAGCAAAACAGGAUUCUGAAUUUAUUUGUGAACA